AUGGCUGAUGACUUCAGCCUAUCUUCGACCUUCAUUCCCGCCCUAUACAAGCCUUCAUCCCUUCUGCCCAUUGCCCGAUACAGGGAGAAGCUGUUGUAUCUCAUUGAGACUUUCCCUGUCACAAUAGUUGUGGGACAAACCGGAAGCGGUAAAACAACGCAAUUGCCUCAGUUUCUGGAUCAGGCAGGAUGGACGGCCGAUGGGAAGGUCAUUGGAGUGACUCAGCCGAGACGUGUAGCCGCGACUACGGUUGCCCGCAGAGUGGCUGAGGAAAUGCGCUGCAAGUUGGGCGAAGAAGUAGGCUAUUCAAUAAGAUUUGAAGAUGUCACGUCCGCAGCCACCAGGAUCAAGUUCCUCACAGACGGGCUGUUGCUUCGAGAAGCGCUUGUUGACCCUCUGCUGUCUCGUUAUUCAGUUAUCAUGGUUGAUGAGGCUCAUGAACGUUCUAUUAGUACCGAUAUUCUACUGGGAAUACUGAAGAAAAUUAUGAAAAAGCGUCCUGAGCUUCGCAUCAUUAUCAGCAGUGCUACUUUGCAAGCAGAGCAAUUCUUACAAUUUUUUUGUGGUGACAAGACUACUGUUGAAGGGAAGGGAGAUGAGCUCGGAGGAGAUGUUGGCCGAAUUAUUAGUCUCGAAGGGCGAAUGUAUCCUGUGGACGUUCUCUACCUGGAGAACCCAGCGGAGGAUUAUGUUGAAAGGGCUAUCAAGACAGUCUUUGAUAUCCAUUCACAAGAGGAUGAAGGUGACAUACUCCUCUUCCUAACCGGACGAGAAGAGAUUGAACAAGCAGUUCAAUUGAUUUCAGAGCGAGCUGCAAUACUCCAUCCAAAGGCAAAAUCUCUGCUCCCUUUGCCACUCUUUGCUGGCUUGACUACAGAACAGCAAAUGUACGUCUUUGAGCCCACACCAGAAAACACGCGAAAAGUGGUUGUGUCGACAAAUAUCGCCGAAGCCUCAGUGACAAUUGAUGGUAUUGUCUUCGUCAUCGAUUGCGGAUUUGUCAAGAUACGGGCCUACAACCCAAAGACAGGCAUUGAAACAUUAACUGCAACACCGGUGUCUAAAGCGUCAGCUACACAGCGUGCCGGCCGGGCGGGAAGAACAAAGCCUGGUAAAUGUUUUCGUCUCUAUACUCAGCAGUCCUACGAGGCGUUACCCGAAAUGGGCACACCAGAGAUUCAACGAUCCAACUUAGCGCCGGUUGUCAUGCAGUUAAAAGCUCUUGGUAUCGAUAAUGUCGUACGCUUUGAUUUUCUUUCGCCCCCUCCUGCUGAAUUGAUGACACGCGCGCUAGAGCUUCUCUAUUCUCUCGGAGCUGUUGAUGAUUAUGCGAAACUCACCAAACCCGCGGGGUUUCGGAUGGCCGAACUUGGGGUUGAGCCAAUGCUAGCUAAGGUCUUACUCAGUGCCCCUAUCUUCAAUUGUUUGAGCGAGGUUCUUACUAUUGCAGCCAUGCUCAGCUUGCAGGGCUCGUUGUGGGUUCAGCAUGACGGUGGUAAAGACGAAGCAGAGAGCGCACGAAGGAAGUUUGCUGUUGAAGAGGGCGACCAUAUGACGUAUCUGAAUGUGUAUCAGGCAUUCAUUACCAAAGGCAAAAAGGAUUCGAAAUGGUGCAGAGACAAUCUACUGAAUUACAAGUCCUUGAUUCGAGCAGUAAGCGUUCGUGCUCAGUUAAAACGCUACCUCGAGCGGUUUGGAUUAGAAGUUGAUUCGAAUCCACCCAUCUCCUCUGCUUCGACAGAAGUAAAUAAACCAGAGCAAAUCCGUCGGUGCCUCACCACAGGAUACUUUGCACAUGCUGCCAAAAUGCAGCCUGACGGGAGCUUCAAGACUGUGAGCGGCGGGUUGACCCUACACGCCCAUCCGAGUUCGUUGAUGUUUAACCGCAAAGCUGAUUGGGUCAUAUUCCAUGAAAUUUUGGAAACCGGAGAAAAGACCUUUAUCCGCGAUAUCACAAAGAUUGAGAGAAGCUGGCUGGUUGAAUAUGCCCCCGAGUAUUAUCGAGUAUCUUAG